AUGGAGCCGCAACGACCAGUUGACGUCAUUGUUGCUCGGGAGAGCUUGUCUUACGCAUCAGUAGCAGCAUCAGGCCCCAAGCAGACUCCCGAGGAGGCUGCCGCUCCUCCCCCUCCCGAGAUCGAGCCCUCUGAGAGCGCCAGUACCGCCUCUCUGGUUGACGUCGAUACACCCUCUGUGCGCACCGUCCCUUCCGACUUUGAGGAGCAGGACGUCCAAACCGAUACCCAGGCAUCGCGCAUUCAGCACGAAGAGGAAGCUCGUGAGGCCAAGGAGAAGGCCCGCGCAGAGGCAGAGCUCGCCAAGAAGAAGGCCGCUGCCAAGGCCCGCAAGGCCGACAGCAUCCUGACCAAAUGGUUUGGCAACCUCAGCGACGGUGCUAGCAGCGCCCUCGUCAUCAGCAACCUGGUGGGCGUUAUUGGUCUGUCUGGCUUCCUCGGCUACAAGGCUUGGGAUCUCCACGAGCGAGGCCGUCUGGGCUGGAACCAGAUCGGUCUUGGUUUGGGAGUCUUGAGCGUUGUUGGUGUUGUUGAGGGAGUUUUUGGAGGAUAUCUCUACAAGGGCAAGAAGCAGCAAUAA